AAUUCAAGCUUUUUUAAGGAUUAUUAUAUCUUCGAAGAAAAUGUCGAUGAAGCUUCAUGCAAAGGCAUAACAGAGCAUAGCACGCCUCAAUCCAAAAUUUACAGGCUUUUUCUAAACCUUCUAUCUUAUUAAAUUAAACCUUUCUUAUUUGGCCUUAAAAUUUUCCAAACAAUGUAAGAGAAUAUAUGUUAGAAUUUCUGAAACUCUACAUCCUCUGAAGUAAUUUUGAUUGCUUUGUCUUUUUUUUUUCUCUUCUUUAUGCUAAUAGGUGCAAAAUAGGAAGAUGAAAAAGAGGAGGGUAGUUUGGGCAGAUAGCUCUUCAAAACAUCUAUUAUAAUUAUAGAAGUGAAGGGUCAAGCUUAAGGAACACACAGCAACUUCCACUGGUAGAAAAUGACGAAAGCAAUGAGGGCAGAGUUGAGACUGAGGAGUAGAGCGUACUUAGUUACAACAAUAAUUCUUAGUUUGGGGAAUUAUUGGGUUCAGAUUGAAGGAGCAUCUCAUUCCCAUUCCCAUUUCCAUUCCGUUUCCAAAUCGAAAUCGAAAUCGAAAUCGAAAUCCCGAAUGGAUUGUUACUUCAUUUUUGGUGACUCUCAGUCGGAUAAUGGAAACAAUAACGACAUCAAAGGGGAUGCCAUGGCCAAUUACAAGCCCUAUGGCAUUGACUUUCCAAACCAAAACUCCCCCACUCCCACUGGCAGAUUCACCAAUGGCCGAAAUCUUCCUGACUUCAUCGCUGAACUUUUGGGUUUUCACGAUUACAUCCCGCCCUUUAGGAAUACAACUGGUUGGAAUGUUCUCAAGGGCGUAAAUUAUGCAUCUGGGGGAUCGGGAAUUCACUCCGAAACGGGAAGGAUGCUGGGCAAAGUAUUAAGCAUCAACAAACAACUGGAAAACCACAACCAUACAAUUUCUCGAAUCCAAGGCUCAUUGGGAAGCAAACUUGCAGCUACAAAACAUCUUAAAAGUUGCUUAUACACGGUUCAAGCAGGCAGCAACGAUUACCUUAACAACUAUUUUCUGCCAUUUUCUUACAAAACGAGCGCCCAAUUUACUCCUCAACAAUACGCGGUCGCCCUAAACAAACAGCUCUCUCACCAAUUGGAGGAAUUAUAUGAUCGAGGAGGUCGAAAGGUAGCGGUGUUCGGAGUCGGAGGUAUAGGGUGUACUCCUUAUGCAAGGGCUAACUUUGAGCAUGAAGGAUCUCCAUGUGUGGAAAAAAUCAACUAUGCCAUUCAACUUUUCAAUAGUGGCCUCAAGUCCCUCAUUCAUGAUCUUAAUACCAAAUUUACCGAUGCCAAGUUUAUCUUCAUUGAUGUCUUCAAGAUUUCUACUAUGAAGCCUACACCUCUUGUUCCAGCUGAUUUAUUGGUUCUAGAUGCUCCUUGUUGUGAAGUUCCAGUUGGGCAGCUACAAUGUACUCCAUUUGGAAAAGUAUGUGGCAAUAGGAGCAAAUACAUGUUUUGGGAUGGAGUUCAUCCCACUGAACUUGGGUUUAAGUUAGUAGCAAAAAGAGCCUUUAAUGCCAAAGAGCCUGAUGAUACUUACCCAUUUGAUAUCAGCCACCUCGUUCGACUCUAACCAUGUAAACGAGAAAAUUUUCUAGGACUACCAGAGUACCAUAAUCUUUUUGUACGUAUUCAUACUAUAGUUUUGUUUUUAUAGAUAAUUUUUUAAUGUUGGUAGACACCGCAUCAUUUCUAAUAUGAUGCUAAUGUGUCAGGCCGUGAAUGAAAGAUAUAUUCAUACUCCUGUAUGUAGUACUAUAAAUUUUUCGAUGUAAACGGCUCAUAUACAAGUUU